AUGGUCUUUCAACCGCCUUCCUGGGUCCCGGCCCUGCCAGGGACCACCCACCCCGGCGCAGAAAUCCCCGACAGCAUCCCCCUCUGCGAGUUCAUGUACAAUGACCGCUACGGCCGCUUCGGAGCCUCCAAGGCCCGUAACCCUUACACCUGCGGCGUCACCGGCACCACGUACACCUCCAAGCAGGUUCCCGAGCGUGUCGACCUCCUCGCGCGUGCCAUCGCCAAGCGCCUCGGCUUCAGCCCCAACGAGGGCACCGAGUGGGACAGGGUGGUCGCUGUCUACUCCGUGAACACGAUUGACUACAUCCCCGUCUCCCACGCCGUCCACCGCCUCUCCGGCAUCGUCACACCCGCCAACGCGCAGUACUCAGCCCCCGAGCUUGAGCACCAGCUCACCUCGUCCGGCGCCAAGGCCAUCUUCACAUGCCUCCCGCUGCUCGAGACCGCCCUCAAGGCCGCCGAUGCCGCCGGCAUCCCCCGCACCGCCGUCUUCCUGCUUCCCGUCCCCGGUGGCAAGCCCCACCCCGACUUUCCCUCCGUCGACGACCUCAUCGCCCAGGCCAAGUCGCUGCCCGCGCCGCCCGCCCUGUCAUGGAUCAAGGGCCAGGGCGCGCGCCAGACGGCCUUUCUGUGCUACUCGUCCGGCACCUCUGGUCUCCCCAAAGCCGUCAUGAUUUCCCACUACAACAUCAUCGCCAACAUUAUCCAGAUGACGCUGCUCCAGAGCGUAGGCCGUAAGGCGGACAACGUCAUCACCGAAAACGUCCUCGGCAUCCUGCCCCUCAGCCACAUCUACGGCCUCACCGUCGUCGCGCAUGUCUCCCAGUACCGCGGCGAUCAGCUCGUCAUCCUGCCCAAGUUUGACCUCGCCCUCUUCCUCCGCACUGUCCAAGAUCACAAGCUCAACUUCCUCCCCGUCGUGCCGCCGAUGCUCAUCCAGCUCAUCACCAACAAGGAGGUCGCCGCCAAGUACAACCUCGACAGUGUCCGCACCGUCUUUUCCGGCGCCGCGCCCCUGGGCCUCGAGACGCAGGAGGCGGCCAACAAGAUGUUCCCCAAGUGGAAGAUUGGUCAAGGCUACGGCAUGACGGAAACGUCCCCCGUUGCCAGUGCUGGAAGCGAGAUCGAUCUCGUACCCGGCUCCUCGGGCGGUUUGCUGCCCGGCUACAAGGCCAAGCUCAUCGAUGCCGAGGGCAAGGUUGUUACCGGCUACGAUCAGCGCGGUGAGCUGCUGCUCCAGUCGCCCUCGGUCGUCCUCGGCUACCUGCACAACGAAAAGGCCAACGCCGAGACGUUUGUGCACCACGCCGACGGCCGCUGGAUCCGCACCGGCGACGAGGCUCUCGUCCGCAAGUCGCCCAAGGGCAACGAGCAAAUCUUCAUCACCGACCGCAUCAAGGAGCUCAUCAAGGUCAAGGGCUUCCAAGUCGCCCCCGCCGAGCUGGAGGCGCACCUCCUCACCCACGACUACGUGCACGACUGCACCGUCAUCCCCGUCCCCGAUGACCGAGCCGGCGAGGUCCCCAAGGCCUUCGUCGUCAAGAGCCCCGCGGCCGCGUCCUCGGGCAAGUCCGACGCCGAGAUCCGUCGCGCGAUCGAGGAGCACGUCGAACGCCACAAGACAAAGUACAAGUGGCUCAAGGGCGGCGUCGAGUUCAUCGACGCCAUCCCCAAGAGCCCCAGCGGCAAGAUCCUCCGCCGCGUCCUCAAGGACAAGGAGAAGGCCGCCCGCAAGGCCCAGGGCGCGAAGCUGUAG